UGGCCACUUUUGCGACUUGAGGACUAUAGAUCUGCAUGUGCAGGUGAAGACACUUUAGUCUGCUCUCCCAGCGAGCCACGCCCAGCUUCGUUGUGAUUUGCGCCCACCCGACGAACGCGAAUGGGAUGCUCUUGAAUCUGAUCGCGACUCUGUUCCUAAUGUUGUCAUAUGCUGCGAUCGUUCCAUUACAAGAGGGUACCUGCCAGUAUAUUUGCAGCCCCAUCUACCCACCGCUGCCUGUCACAACGUGCGUUGUGAAAUGUCCACGGUGCUCGGUGCCCGCGUGCUACGUAGCAUGUGUACACCCGGCACAAGUAUCGAAUCACACGCCUGGCUCGAUUUGGAUCCCGUCGUCGAUCUUGUUCAUGGUUUGUCAGAGCCUGCUGACGAUGAUGGGUCUACAUGACCCCGAGCUCGUCUUUGAGACAGGAUGUAGAGAAGCGCGAAUCGCAGGCGCAAACGAACAUGUUCACCGCCGCGAGUCUUACUCAACUUGCGCACAAGCAUGGAAUUUCUUGUGGCAAUGGCCUGCAAGGAUUUGUAACGAGCAAUGUCUGUUCGAUGCAUAACCCUCUAUAUUAUAGCUUUCGUCUGACGACUCCAAGGUGCAAAUUUUCAUUUCCUUCACUUCAGAUUAUUUGACUGGAAUUUGAUCGUCAGGCUUGUGCUCCUUGAUCCGCCUUAGAACCAUUUAGUCAAAAGUCCAGUGAGUUUGAAAAUAUGAGUCGUCCUUGCAUAGAUCCCUUAUCCGCAUCAUCUGU